UAAAGCCGCAAAUCUAUAAUAUCUACUUCAUUACACUCGGACUAUUUCUUAGUUUUAUCAGACUGAUCGAUUAUUGUUUGUGGAUAGUUUUUAGGUGUUUUUAUAGGAAGGAGAUAACGACUUGCCAUCAUAUGAAGGGGGAGUCUUUGCAUUCUGUGUGCGUCCGGGUCGCACCGUUGAGAAGGCGAUGCAAGAGUAAUUUGUUCAUAUUUGUGUGUCAUUGUACUAUAAACCGUUUUCUCAUGUGGCAUGUUGAAUUUAUUCUUUAUACAGUAGUUUAUAUGAAAAUUACCACUGCGCGAAGCUAUCAUUAUGAUAUCAUACAUACACAAAGGGUUGCAAGAGAAGUUACUUUUUUUUAUACUUCAUUUCAUCUUUUUUCAUUUCACUUCAUUUGUCCUUUUGGUUUUUAUUGUAUCUUUUGUUGACUGUAGUUAUAGGAUAAACUCUCAAUCGCAAGGCCAGUAACUUUCGAAUAAAAUUGCUGCCAUAUAACAGGUGUGCCGUGGAACGAAAUUCUUGGUAUACGGAUGCCCAUAUGAAUUUUGAUUUUUGCUUUAUUUUUUCAUUUUUUUUUUU